AUGCCAAACCAACAGAAGAAGGUCAUUUUUUGCAUGGCUGGGGCAUUAAGCUUCGUGUGUGCCCUCGGAGUCGUGACAGCCCUGGGGACACCUUUGUGGAUUAAAGCCACCUUCCUCUGCAAAACUGGAGCUCUGCUGGUCAACGCCUCAGGGCAGGAGCUGGACAAGUUCAUGGGCGAGAUGCAGUACGGGCUUUUCCGUGGAGAGGGCGUGAGGCAGUGUGGGUUGGGAGCCAGGCCCUUUCGGAUCUCAUUUUUCCCAGAUUUGCUCAAAGCGAUCCCAGUGAGCAUCCACGUCAACGUAGUUCUCUUCUCCGUGAUCCUUAUCGUUUCAACCCUGGUGGGGACAGCCUUCUUCAUGUACAAUGCUUUCGGCAAGCCCUUUGAAACGCUGCAUGGUCCACUGGGGUUGUAUCUUUUGAGCUUCAUUUCAGCUGCCCUUUGGCUGCCAGGCCCCAGGAAAUGUGCUCAGGGCUCCUGCGGCUGUCUUGUCAUGAUACUGUUUGCCUCUGAAGUGAAAAUCCACCACCUCUCAGAAAAAAUUGCAAAUUAUAAAGAAGGAACGUAUGUCUACAAAACGCAAAGUGAAAAAUACACCACCUCGUUCUGGGUGGUUUUCAUUUGCUUUUUUGUUCAUUUUUUGAAUGGGCUUCUAAUACGACUUGCUGGAUUUCAGUUUCCUUUUGCAAAAUCUAAAGACACAGAGACAACUAAUGUAGCUGCGGAUCUAAUGUACUGA